CCAGUCAGAAACCCAGUGGUGGAGGGCAGCAUGGCGAAGAAGGUGGCCAUCAUCGGAGGGGGCAGCAGUGGGCUGUGCGCCAUCAAAGCCUGUCUGCAGGAGGGGCUGGAGCCCGUCUGCUUCGAGAGGACCGGGGAUAUCGGAGGGCUCUGGAGGUUUGAGGAGCACCCCGAGGAGGGCCGUGCCAGCAUCUACCGCUCCGUCAUCAUCAACACCUCCAAGGAGAUGAUGUGCUUCAGCGACUUCCCCAUUCCUGAGGACUUCCCCAACUACAUGCACAACUCCAAGAUCAUGGAGUAUUUCCGCAUGUACGCCGGGCACUUCGACCUGCUCCGCCACAUCCGCUUCAGGACCAGCGUGUGCCGUGUGGCCAAGCGCCCCGACUUCUCUGCCACGGGCCAGUGGGAGGUGGUGAUGGAGAGCGAGGGGAAGCAGGAGGCAGCCGUCUUCGACGCCGUGCUGGUGUGCACCGGGCACCACACCGAUGCACACCUCCCACUGAGCACCUUCCCAGGCAUCGAGAAGUUCAAGGGCCCAUACCUCCACAGCCGAGACUACAAGGAUGCCAGGGAUUUCACGGACAAGAGAGUCGUUGUCAUUGGGAUUGGGAAUUCAGGGUCGGACCUGGCCGUGGAGAUCAGCCAAACGGCCAAGCAGGUCUUCCUUAGCACCCGCCGGGGUGCGUGGAUCUUCAACCGUGUUGGAAAUCAGGGCUACCCCAUUGAUAUCAUCUUCACCACCCGCGUGAAGAUGUUCCUGAAGAAGCUGCUGAGCCCGUCCUUGGUGAGCGACUUCACAGAGAAGCAGCUGAACGCGAGGUUCGACCACUCACACUAUGGCCUGAAGCCAAAGCACAGGAUCCUUGACCAGCACCCGACCAUCAAUGAUGACCUGCCCAACCGCAUCAUUUCGGGCAGGGUGCUGGUGAAGCCAAAUGUCCAGGAGUUCAUGGAGACAUCUGCCAUCUUCGAGGAUGGCACCAGGGAAGACAUCGAUGCCGUGGUCUUCGCCACGGGAUACAGCUUCUCCUUCCCCUUCCUUGAGGGCUGCGUGAAGGUGGUGGAGAACCAGAUCCCCCUCUACAAAUUCAUGUUUCCCCCCGACCUGGAGAAGCCGACAUUGGCUUUCAUUGGCCUCAUCCAGCCCCUGGGUGCCAUCAUGCCCAUCUCCGAGCUCCAGUGUCGCUGGGCCACCCGCGUCUUCAAGGAGCUGAACAAGCUGCCCCCACGGCACGACAUGGAGGCUGACAUCAAGCAGAAGAGAGAAACGAUGGCAAAGCGGUAUGUGAAGAGCCAGCGGCACACCAUCCAGGUGGAUUACAUCCCCUACAUGGACGAGCUCGCCUCCCAGGUGGGGGUCAAGCCCAACCUGCUCGCCCUCUUCCUCACCGACCCCAAGCUGGCACUGGAGGUGGCCUUCGGGCCCUGCACACCAUACCAGUACCGCCUGCGGGGCCCGGGCCAGUGGGCGGGUGCCAGGGAGGCCAUCCUCACCCAGCAGCAGCGCAUCAUCAAGCCCCUGCAGACGCGGCACGUGGAGGAGCACCCCUCGACCUCCACCGUGCCCCUCGUCUUCAAGCUGGUUGGGGCCGUGGCCGUCCUCGCCAUCGUUUUUGCUUACUUGUAGGUGCCUGCUCUUGCUGGGUUGCACAGAGGGAAGGGAAGCUUUGCGAUGCGCUAGCAGGCCUGGCAAGCCACCCCCUGCCCCACAGCAGUCUGUGCACCCCAGUGCUGGCAGGAGCCUUUGUCCUGCCCAGCACAGCCCCAC